AGCCUGAAGAGAAAUGGAUCCUGUGAUUACUAUAGUUCUGGUGGUGGCAGCAGCAGUAGCAGCAGCAGUACAAGUUAGUGCCGUGGCCUGUAAUCUCUCUCACAAGAAUGGAACUCAUCAAUGCUAUGGGGCUCUGGGAGAAUCUUUGUCCAUACAGCUGGCUGCAGACAGCAGUAAUGAAGAAAUAACAUUUAAAAAAGAUCUUACUCGUAGUCUGCACUUCAAAACUGGAGAAGACUGGAGAUCUAAAUUGCAUCAGAAUUAUGUGAAUCGCUCUGAGUUCUUUAACAAUGGAACAUUCAGACUGGACAGAGUUAUAGAGGAAGACAGUGGAGAUUAUCAAUUGGAAACAUAUAAUUCAGAGGGAGCAGUGUUGCGCAAAGUCAACAUGCUACUUGAGAUACAAGUUUUCUCCUCCCAGUUUCGUUUUGUAAUUGUGACAGUAGCUAUAGCUCUAGCUGUUGGAUCUCUUGCCCUACUUCAUGCGGUGUUUGUUGGCGUAAACCGUCUCUGUGGGAAACUGAGAUUUGGACAAACUACUUCAGGUUGCUCUAAUGAUGAGGGUGCUGCUGUUGUAUACACUGAAGUAUUCAAUAAAAGAAAGAGAGUAGUCAACCAGAAAGCUACAGAGAUGGUGGAGUAUGGAGAAGUCAAAAUGGCUGCCAGUCUUAAUGAGGAAGAAAGCCCCAAGAAUCAGGGGGACUUGGAAAUGACAACCAACCAGACAUAAGACACAUCUUUUCUGACAACUUUCGGCAGGACUUAGUAGAAACCAAAAAUGUGGGACUGUAUUACUCCCUUGUAUAUGUUUGUGUUGUCAUUUAAG